GUCUAUAGUGCAUACCUGCCAGCUAGCGCCUCCCUCUGCUCCCGCACCUCCCUCUCCCCCCGUCUCUCUCUCUCCCUCUCGCUCUCUCUCCCCGCGUCUCAUUCCACUCAUUCAUCCCUCGUUCUGCCAGCUGCAAGGCAGCGAGCGCGGCUGAAGGACACGGCGCUCCGCCCGCACUCGGCGGAGGGACUUGGAAAGCUCGAUCCAACAAUGGGGGCGUAGAUACCCUCAGCGCUCCUCUUCUCAAGCCCUUCCUUUGGGUUACACUCUUUGAAUGUCACCGCUGGAAGAACGCUCGGAUGGAGCGCUCGCACGUCUACUCACUUGCCCGCUCAGGAACGCAGGACGGCAUGAAGGACUCGGAAAGAGGGAGUAAGUCAGGCAGCUUCCUCCUUUCGAGCUGAUACCUCAGGUCUGAUCAGCUUCUGCACUUCUCGGACCGACGCCGUCAACGUGUCCAAACGGUGACAGGAGGACCGUUGACAGUCAAUCUUGAAAGAUUCCGCGAUUGGUUCAAAUGUUGGAGUCAAAGUUCGCCGGCGCUGAAGGAGACAGGGGCUGGAUUGGAGUGGAACUGAUGUAUUUGUUUGGUUAAGAACAUGAACCAUCCAAACAAAAGAACGCAAGCGAAGCCAUUCGGGGCUCACCAGAUUGGAAUCUUCAACAAGCUCCCGUUUCAGCUGGGCGAUUUUUGAGAGCACACCCCUUUCUUGCCUUCCGUCCAUUUUCCUUCAGCUCAUCGGCCCAAGACAACCGCAGCGCUGUUCCGUCGCCCUGGGUGAACGGGCAGGGGGGUGGCCCGCGGUACCCCCCAAGAUCUGGGCGCCAGUGGGCCGCCGGCAGGGCCCGAGCUGGCAAGAUGGCCGCCCUUGCCAGCUCCCUCAUUCGGCAGCGUCGGGAGGUCAAGGACCCCCAGACCAACCGCCAGAUCGCCAGCAAGCGAAAGCCGUGCCCCAAAAGCAACAAGUCGCUCUGCCAGAAGCAAAUCCUCAUUUUGAUAUCCAAGGUCCGAUUAUGCGGCAGUCGCGGGAGAAAAAUGGAAAAAAGACCAGAGCCGCAGCUGAAGGGCAUCGUCACGCGCCUGUACUGCCGCCACGGGUUCUACCUUCAAAUGCUGCCGGACGGCACCAUGGAAGGCACAAAGGACGAAGGCAGCUCCUUCUUGCAGUUCAACUUGAUUCCUGUGGGCCUCCGCAUCGUGGCGAUCCAGAGCACUAAGACGGGGCUCUACGUGGCCAUGAACAGCGAGGGCUACCUCUACACUUCGGAGCACUUCACGCCAGAAUGCAAGUUCAAAGAGUGCGUGUUUGAGAACUACUACGUCACCUACUCGUCCAUCCUGUAUAGACAGACGCAGUCGGGCCGGGCCUGGUACAUCGGCAUCAACCGGGACGGCCAGGUCAUGAAGGGAAAUCGCGUCAAGAAGACGAAGGGCGCCGCACAUUUUCUACCCAAACUCAUUGAAGUGGCCAUGUACAGGGAGCCGUCCCUCCAUGACGUCGCUGAACAGAGUCCGCCUCGGAAAACGCCCAAGACUUCCAGUGACUCGCCUGUGCACCAGAACGGCAAGAAAGACCCUCAAAGCAAAACCAAAACCUUGUCGUCCUAGCGCUGUGAGAAACGGGGCCGGGAUGAGGAUGGACCCCUGGAGGACACCCGAACAGGGUUGGACACCGAAGAGAACAUCCUCCGCAUCUACCUUCACAUCCUUACCUCUGUGCGAGUAUAAUUUGGGAAGCAAUAACUCCAUUAAGAGGUGUGGCCUUCUUGCCAAAAAGCACUGUGGGGUUGUUUUUCCCCAAAGUCGGUCCAGCAGCUGAGCAAAAAGUCUUCCUGGCAUUUAUCAUAACGGGUGCAAAGGUGGAAUGCUGAUUUGAUUUGACUGGUUCCAUCAGCAUCUUCCAUUAAUGUCAGCAACUUUUUAAGAAGCCCCGUGUGUGUGUGUGUGUGUGUGUGUGUGUGUGUGUGUGUGUGUGUGUGUGUGUGUGUGUGAGAGAUCUUCCAUUUACCACUGGUGUGAUUUGAUGAAUUUGUGACUUGUACUAAAUUUUUCACUCAACAUUGCUCAUGAUGUUGAUCACUACGUGUCAACCUUCCCACCUAAAAAACACUGACAAACACACACCAAAUGAAUAUCCCCCCUAAAUAAUGGCCAUCGAUCCACUAAUGUUGUGAAAUUACAAUAAUACCAAAAAUGAUGUUGCUCUUUACACGAGUAAGCAUCUUUUCUCACUUUUAAGCAAGGGAGAACUGAAUAUAAAGACCGUAAACUUUCAAUUCAAUGAACCCAUUUAAUGUUACCGUCAUUGUUACAUUUGUUCCAAGCCGGUAAUUGUCGAAACGCCACUUUCGCACCCGGCGGAAACGUUUUAGACCUUAAUUAAAUCGCUAAAAAGAUCUUCAGGUUGCCAUGUUUGACCAAUCAUCCCCUAUGGAUCACGAAGUCCAUUAAAUGUUUGACUAUUCUCCACAAAGUAAUUACACAAAUGUUUAAUUAAACACCGCCGCUGCUCGAAUAGAAUUAAGACGAUGGGCAGGAUUUGCUCGGGUGGAGGUGCGGAAGAUUUAACUGUGAAAUAGAAAAUAAAAAAAUCUUGGGUAACUACUUCAUUCUAAGGGCUGGGACGUUUCUAGGUUGCAAUAUUUAUUUAUUCAUUUUUUUUAGAUUUGUUUUCAGGGUUAACUCUAGAGGCAAGAAACUGCAAAGGACUGAUGGCAGCGGUUGAGUUUUGAAAUGGAGUAUGCGUGGAUUUGAGGCUUGAAAAGGCACGAGAUGAGGUGGAACGUUUGAGGGAGGUCGCAUUGUGGACGUUGUAGCUAAAACAUGAUCUCUUGGUUUUGAUGCCGAAAAACAAAUCCAGUACAGUGGUGCCUUCGGAUACGAGUGACCGGACUUAAAUAAAAGCAAAACAACAGAGGCUUUGAGCUGUUUCAUGCCACACCCAAUUGAAGUUUUUCCACAUGAAUUACACAUGUACUUAAAACAACAACAUAACACAAAUCCGCUAGCUUAGGGCUAAUGCUAACUUAGGGCUAAUGCUAACUUAGGCCAUGAUUGGCUUAUGAGGCUGAAGGAGUGGACAGUCCUAUUGUAUUCUUUAUCCUCUGCAAAGAACUACAUGAAUCCCACUUGAGUUCUAGACAGGACAUCCCCCAUUGCAAUCUGAUUGGCUCCUGAAUCCAGGCAAGAAAAUCAAGUGCAAUUGGCCUUCAUACUCGUGCCAGGUGGCUAAGGUGGAUGAAUUUCCCUUUCCAUCAUUUCCACCCGUUACAACUGGGAAAGAGGAGUCGCAAUUUCACAAAACGAAUGAAACUUGUAUCUCAAGGCACUGCCGUAUCACAAAUAUCGCACACAAGGUUUGCAUAUCUGCCUCGAACAUGAAAGCGUCGAUAUGGGCUACAAUUGCGCAGCACUGUAAUCUCCUCCCUGGGGAGUCCCUCACCUCCAUGAGGUGCUGACCACCGCAGUGAGGGUCAUCCCAGGCUGAGAGAGAUGCUUCCACAGCCCUGUCACUAAAACUGGAUGUGGCAUCCAUGGAUACUGUAUGAGGUGGACGUAAUUUGUGUGUUUGAGAGAGUCGGUGGAGGAAGAAUCAAUGAGUGCGAGUGACUGGCCCA